GGAUAGCGUGUAGCACCGCUGCUCAGUGUGGGUGUGUUUACGUGUUUCUCGUUCGUAUGUUGUCAAAGCGCGCAGCAACGAGCGUCAGUACCUUCACAACCAUUGGCCGAGAAAAGUCUCUUCUUUCGCCGACGUAAACAAUAAAUUAUCGAAGACUCGGUAGAGUCUCGGGACGAGCACAUUGUCUGUUUCAUUUCCUCAAACAGACGUGUCAAAAAAAAAGCAAAGAAACUUGAUAGUUCUUUUUAGAAAUAUUUUUAAACGCGUUACGAUGAUCUUGAUAAGAAUUUUGUGUUUAAAACAAGCUCGGAUGUCAUAUAAAUAAAUAUAAUCGUGACGUCGAUUACGUUUGAAUAAGCAUCGGACUGGUUUUAUCUGCCUUGUGUACGAAAGUGAAACCUUCAGGCUCUUCCUAAAAUUUUAUGGGUUGUAAUUAACGUGACCAUUUUAUCGAACUCGUUUCUCACAUUCGAGCGAAAAAAGAGUCGACUAGCUUCAACGAUUUGUUUAUUUUUUCGUUGAAUUUUCACAAAAUAAAUUCGCAAACAAAUGGGUCUUCAAAAGGUUCGGUUCGGACCGGAAUUACAUAAAAACAUGAAUUGUGUUCACGAUUUGGUAACGUCGCAAAAAAAUUUCGGGUCUAACGAAUAAUCGACGCGUGCUUAAGGGUUGACACAGAUGUCGCCAACGAUUCUUUCUUUUCGUAGCCUCAGACUUUAUCAACUAUAUGCAUAUGCAACGAGGCUAAUAGACACCGAUAACGCAUGAAACAUAUGCGAUUGUAACAUCAAAUAUACGAGUGUAUGUAUAUACGUGAUGGCUGAAAGUACGAAAAUUCGUUCACAAUAGAACCGAAAGAAAUAAUUGGAGCUCAGUCGACCGGUGCUCUCGCUCGGAAAACGUCGUGCAACAAUAAAAUUUUAUCGUGCACGAAAAAAAGAUAAUCAAUUGAUAAAAUAAGAACUUAUUUAAAGUGGAUAAACUGCCCAGUUGCCUAAAAAUCAACGGAAGAGCAGUGGCGAGCACGUUAACGAAAAAUUUGCCAUCGAUAAAUAUUCGAAAGCGAAGGAAUUUUACAAAACUAUUGAAUUAUCGCUCAAAAAUAUUUUUUAAUAAUGAAAACCACUCUCCGAUGAACUAAAAUAUUUGUGAAUAAUCAACUGAAUAUUUUCUCGUGUUCCCAUCAAAUUCAACGUGCCCGAAUUUACGUUUGCAAUAUUUUUGCGAGGACCAAACAAUUCUAGCAGAUAGUCUCACGAAGGGGGGAGGCAAGUGGAAUUUCGAAACGACGUUAAAUGGAUUCAUUUGGAAAGAUGAGAAUCGGAUAUGGCGUAGUUUAUUGAUAAGCUGAAAACUCGAGUCGAUUUCAAAGGGACAGUGACACAAUUAGCAACAAUGCCUCUACCAAGUAUUUUGAAAAAAGCUAGCAGUUACAUAUUAGGUGACGGUAAUCAAGACUGUCGUAGGUUAUUGUAUCAGGAUGGUGAAGCCCUUUUUUGUAAAAACAAUGUCUGUGUGCACCCACCAACGCUGUUGAGACAACACUGCGACGUCGUACAUCAUCCCGGUUACAUGACAUUGACGUGCAAACUGGAUAAAAACACGAAUGUACCUACACUUCAUCUGAGUUGGAUACCGAACAGUACACUAAGAAAACAUCCAACGACAUUGGAAAAUCUGACGCCUAAAAAAAAUCAACACUGUAAUAAUCCACACGGUAAAAUACCAGAAGAAACGAACGGCGGAAAGUACGAAAACGAGGACGAACGAUUGGACGUUUGUUUGGAGGUUAAAGAGCCGAUAAGCUGCAGCGAUUGCGAGAGGGUAUGUUCUGGCGGUAAAUCGAGGAAACCAAGCAUCGAGAGUGGCGCCACUGCUGAGUCCUCUGACAAACCGGAGACGGAAGACACGGAAAAACCGGGCGUCCCUGGUAUAUCGGAAAUUGAUAACCCCGUAUCGAAAGUAGACUCGGAACAAACGGAUAAGCAUAGUGAAUCGAAUUGCGAGACCGAUGAAAAAGUUUCGAAUGACGAUAAACUAUGCAAUACCAGAGCUCAUCGUUUGCGAUCGGAUUCACUAGAUUCAAGAAUUUUCGAAAAUGGCUGUUCCGGGGAUCGUCGAAAUGUGGAUACUGGGGACUUGAAAAAUUCUUUGCGCGACGAUAUCAGUGUCAAAAGUCGCAGCAUGUCUCUGACAUCGACCUGUAGCCUUUCCAUUGGGGGAUCAACGGAUGGUAAUCAUUCUGAAGAAUUUCCCACGUGGAUGCGAUCCCCAGAGUUGUUGGCUCUCCAGCACAAUCUCACGUUUCCCGAGAGCGCAACCGCGUCUCCCGUCACACUGCGUCGUGCACAUCGAUGUCGACGUUUCUCCGUUGAUCUCAGUCAAAUGAGAUCGCUGAGAUUGUUCUUCGCCGAUCCUGCGUGUACCAGUGGACAAUUGGUAGUGGCGAGUCGUGAAAGUCAGUACAAAAUUCUCCACUUUCAUCACGGUGGAUUGGACAGAUUAGCCGCGACGUUGCAUCAAUGGCAUCAACUUCUUUACCCUCGACAAGACACGGAUCAAGAAGAAAUAUUGCCUUAUCGGCACUUCAUGGUGUGCAGACCGGAAGUGAGCAGAGACGAGUUGCAUCCUGAGGAGGGUCAAGUACCGAUGAUAACUUCUCUGGCUUGGCAAGAUUUGCUCAACGAACGUGGUCAAGUGGAGGAGGAUCUUGCGCUCCGAAAAGGCAUUUUCUUUGGUGGUCUCGAACCGGGCUUGAGAAAAAUAGUUUGGCCUUUUUUGCUGCAUUGUUACUCGUACCAAAGCACCUACGACGACCGAGAACAAAUCGAUGCUAUAAGGAGGCAAGAAUACGAUGAAAUUGAGAGACAGAGAUACGGAAUGAGCCCCGAAGAGGCUGAACGCUUUUGGCGCAAUGUCGUUUGCAUCGUUGAGAAAGACGUCGUUCGAACUGAUCGAGGAAAUCCUUAUUACGCUGGAGAGGACAAUCCUAACAUCGAAAUAAUGAAGAACAUACUGCUCAAUUACGCGGUUUACAACUGUCGUCUCGGCUAUACACAGGGAAUGUCCGACCUGCUUGCACCGCUUUUAGCCGAAUUAAAUUCAGAGAUCGAUGCCUUCUGGUGUUUCGCCGGUCUGAUGCAGAGAUCCGUGGCCGUUUGUACACCGACUGACACAGAUAUGGAUCGCAAUUUAUGCUAUCUCAGAGAAUUGAUAAGAGUCAUGGUGCCCGAUUUUUAUUCCCAUCUCGAAAAACACGCGGAUGCGCUCGAGCUGCUUUUCUGUCAUCGUUGGAUACUUUUAUGCCUCAAACGCGAAUUCCCGACGGAAGUUGCAUUAGUAAUGUGGGAAGCCUGUUGGGUUAAUUACCUCACGGACUACUUCCACUUAUUUCUCUGUCUCGCGAUAAUGUGCGUUUACGCGGACGACGUAAUAGCCCAAGAUUUACGAACGGACGAGAUGUUGUUGCACUUCAGUUCAUUGGCGAUGUACAUGGACGGAAAUGUCAUAAUAAGGAAAGCUCGUGGUCUGCUUUAUCAUUUCCGCCUUUUGGAUCGGUUACCUUGCACUUUGGCGGGCUUGUGUCGUCAGUGCGGUCCGGGUAUGUGGGACAGUAGUCACGAUCCGGUUAUCGAGUGCAUUGGUCACGAAGACUCGCCAUGCCCGUACGUCGAAAAUUACCAAUCGUCUAAGUACUAAAACACCAGCGCUGCCACGAGUUCAGAGUAUUUUGGAGAGUUCGGUGUUACUUUGUCUUAAACGUAAAAAUACGUCUUUAUGUCCAAACGAGCUUUUUUAAAACAUUUCACGCACACCGAGAUUUCUAAUAAACUUGGAGUCUUCAGCCAAUUGACAAUAAUUGAGAGAAAACGAUUCCACUGUCGCUGAGGUAUUGUGAAUAUUGAUUUUCAGCAUUAGCGAUAGCGAAGAGUCCUCAGCGAACUGUUGGCACAGUGAAUUGAUUGAAAAACUGUUGAGAAAUUUCUUCCCAACUUGAGGAAUAAAUUUAUCGAUUUCUAUGGACACUGUGUAUGCACAUUUCAAGGAAUUUUUUGAGAAAUUUAUUGAAAGAUCAAGAAAAAAGAGGAUUGUUUUGACAUUCACCCAACUCUUUCUGUUGGAACGGUCUGUCCAUCCCUUUGAAAGGAUUGCAUUUCAAAUAAUCGAUCGUGACACUUCAAUGAUGGUUUUUUUUCAGUCCAUUACUGACUUGUGAAGAAAAAAACUUUUAGCUCAAACUGUUUGGCAACGACAGAUACAUUUUGCGAGAUUGAGUCAAAAUAACACCACGACGAUCAGUGUGCUCUGUACUUUUGGCACUGAAAUAAUGGGAUUGAAAUUUUAUCGCAUAAAAAUAAAAAUAGAACGAUCGUUUAUCAACGAAAAUCCAUCAAACACAUAUCGCACUAGCCGAUUUUGUACCUUGCUAGUCCUAAAAACAGUCGCGAACAGCGAUUAAUAUACGAACAACAAAAGAUACACCUCAGAGUAGUUCAUCAUAUUGAAAGUCGAUCGUACGGUAAACAAAAAGAAGAAGGAAAAACAUUAGCAAGUACGAGAUAAGACUGAAGCGACCAAAGAGCUCUAAACGAGAUUUCGCAAAAUUUGAAUUUUCCAAUUUUACUUUAUUUUAUUAUUCAGUUGUAUUAAAAUGAUGCGACGAGUUCCGCGGGCUACGGUAUGAUUGUAUUCGUUAUCGAUGGUUCAAGUUUCCAUCCUUCGAGGUAUUUGGCACUGAAAACUUUCCAUGGAAAAUUGAAUGAAAAUUGCACUCUUAAUGAGAAUAAACAGAAGUUGACAAUUUUGAUGUUUCACGAAAACAAAAAUCGUGAAGAAACUUCGUAACAAUUUUUAUUUUACGAAAAGAUCAAUGAAGGAUGAUAAUUGGGCAAAUAUCAUUAAAAAUUCAUUAAAAAAAAACGAUUUUGCUGAGAUCUUGUAAAAUCAGCUCGAAUUACGAUGCGAAGAAAAAUCCUUCUAACAGCUGAGAAUUUGGGCAGAAGAAACAAAAACAUUUUUAAUUAUUACCAAACGGUGCGGGAAAAUUGCUCGACACAAAGUGCCAAUACUGGUUUGGCACUAAAUUCUAACCAAUCACCAGGACCUAUUAAGAUAGAAUUAAACAAAUGAUAACGAUAAAUGUAGAAAAAGUAAGUGUAGGAUUAAUACACAUACAAAUAGAAAUAUGUAUUUAUGGAGAUCGAAGUGAAAUCAAACUUGCCCUAGGAAGGAAUAUUUCGAACGAAGAAACGCUACCAAUUAAUCAAUCAAUUAUUUGGAAUCGCUUUGGUCAAUUAACGACACUGGAGUUCUCAGUUCCAAAGAUAUACAAAAUAGUAUAAACAAAACUGAAAAAAAUAAUAACGAGAGUAAAAAGAGAACGCAACAUUAGGGAUGAAUCGAAAGAUUUUUCCUUCCACGAUAUCUCUGCACAUGUGCCUGCCAAAAUAUUACACUCAACUGAAUACACAAAAGCGGAGAGCAUGUUACAUAUAUAUUAUGAAUUUUCGCCGAAACAUUUUCGCCAUGUAAUCAUCAUCAUCAUAGCGAUAUAAUUAAACUGUACUUUAGUAAAUUUGAAUUUUAUGUAAGAAAGAAAAGGAUGAAAAGUCUUAUUUUAGAUCUCACUCGCUUAAAUCUCAGCUAAAUAUGAUACAUAAGUUUCGCAGUCGAUGUACGUGAAUUAUAAUGUCAAUUUUUGUAAAACUUUUUUUUAAGUACGGUCCAAGUUUCGGUUAUUAUUAUUGACACUCGCCAAUUUUCGUUACUCUUCGAUCAACGAUAAUAUCAAACAUGAACUAUGUCGUUUUGGAAAGGAAGUUAAUGGAGCGAUGUGAUAGAAAAGAGAUGAAAAAAAGUAAAAUGGAACAAAAGGAUAAACUAAGAGACCGGCGCUUUUACUGUGCUACCUUCUGUUGUUAAAGUCUUGGAGAGAAAUCUAUUCGUGUUACGAUCUUUUACGCCUCAAAUCUAUCAGUAUAAGAGUAAUAAAACGAUAUAAGAGUAUA